CUCGGAGUGUGACGCCAUGAUACAGAGGAGAUGGCUUCGUUUCAGCAGCUAACAUUUCCUGAAAAAGUGUCGCCAAAUCGUCCCAGUCGGAAAAAGGUUAACUUCCUAGAUAUGUCUCUAGAUGACAUUAUAAUCUAUAAAGAGUUAGAAGGGACAAAUGCUGAAAAAGAAGAAAAGAGUAGAAGACAGAACCAUAGUAAAAAGGAAUCGUCUUCAAGACAGCAAUCAAAUACUCAUGGAUAUUGCCAUCAGAGAGGCUACUCAAGAUUCAGAAGCAACUCUGAGGAAAGAAAUCACGAUAAAAAAACAUCCCAAGAACCUUCUGGAUUCAAGUCUGGACAACACCCUUUAAAUGAGCAGCCUUUAAUUGAACAGGAGAAGAGCAAUGACAAUUAUGAGGCCCAAGCAGAGAAGAAUCACGGCCAAUCAGAGGGGAAUCAGCAUCAAUCAGAAGGAAAUCCGGACAAAUCAGAAGAAUCUCAGGGCCAACCAGAAGAAAAUCAUCAUUCUGAGCGAUCCCGAAACCACUUAGAGAGAUCUUAUUAUCAUUUAGAGAGAUCUCAAGGGCAACUAAAGGUACAUCAUGCCCAAUCUGAGAGAUCUCACAGCCAAUCCAAGAGAUCUCAUGGUCAGUCUGAGAGAUCUCAUGGCCAGUCAAAGAGAUCACAUGGUCACUCAGAGAGAUCUCAUGGUCACUCCAAGAGAUCUCGUAUCCAGGGAGAUCUUGUGGUCACUCAGAAUGAUCUCCUGGUCACUCAGAGAGAUCUCAUAGCCACUCAGAGAGAUCUCAUAGCCACUCAGAAAGAUCUCAUAGCUACUCAGAGAGAUCUCAUAGUCACUCAGAGAGCUCUCAUGGCCACUGAGAGAGAUCUCAUGGUCUGUCAGGGAGAUCUCAUGGCCAAUCAGAGAGACAUCAGAGAUACUCAACAGGUAAAAAUACAGUGAAUUCUUAA